UUCCUUCUCGUGUCCUCCGAGAUGGACCAAAUUCAGGAUCUUCCCUCCGAGCGCUUGACAUCAGGGCAGCACCACGCCUCGACGGCUGCUUCACUGAUCAGUGGUAGCGUGGGUGGAACGAUGCAGGUCUUGGUUGGUCAACCGCUGGAUACUAUCAAAACCCGCGCCCAAAUAGCUUCCCCAGGAACGAUUACUGGCCCGAUGGACGUUGCGAGAAGGACAUUGGCACAGGAGGGUUUCUUGGGCUUUUACAAAGGAAUGCUAUCGCCCUUGUUUGGGGUCGCAGGAGUCAAUUCACUUCUCUUUGGGGCAUACGCUGUAUCUAAGCGGAUCGUUAGUCCGUACCCCGAUCUCACUGUUCUUCAGACGGCUCUUGCAGGUUCGAUGGCAGGGGCCGUCAACAGCGUGCUGGCUUCACCGGUGGAAAUGUUUAAAGUUAGAAUGCAAGCUCAGUAUGGGAAACCCAACGAUCUGAGACUACGAGAAGCAGUGCGCUUGAUGUGGGAGGAAUGGGGUUUCCGCAAAGGAAUCAUGCGUGGUUUUUGGGUGACUGUUGCUCGGGAAAUCCCUGCUUACGCUGGAUUUUAUACGGGAUUCGAGGUGAGCAAACAAGCCUUUCAAAAGCGAUAUGGCUCAGCACAGACCUUGCCAGUCUGGACCCUCCUGUGCAGCGGCGCCAUGGGUGGGAUCGGAUACUGGACUUGCUGUUACCCUCUAGAUGUUAUUAAGAGUCGGAUCCAAAUGGCAGACCGGCCACCUAAGGGCAUCAAUUACAUUGCCGAGACAUGGCGGAAAAUUUGUAAAGAGGAAGGCGCUCGAGCUUUGUUCCGAGGAUUGGCGCCAACUUAUCUUCGAGCUGUUCCGGCGGCUGCUUCAACAUUUGUGGGCUACGAGUUGACAAUGGAGUUCCUGAAAAAUCACACCAACAUUUGAUCACACCACCACAAGAUCAAAGUAAAAAACGCGAAGGAAAAGCAGUUGAUCAGAUAAGGGUCGCUCCUUUGCGUGUGCCUCUUACACCUCCAUUUUGAAUUACUCGCUGGGAUCCUUAUCUUCACAACAGAUGCCAAAGUCCUUAUCACCAAGACCAUUUACAGACAGCUUAUGUCCUUGCUCCCUUGGCUUUCCUUGUAAUCAGAGCCAUAGAGAUAUUCCAAUAAUCACGCGGCUGUUUCUCUUGUUAUAAGUCUCUCCAAGUUGCAAUUCUACUGACGCUAGCUCCUAGUCCAAGUUCAACACCUCUGGAGACAUACUCUUCCGCUCGAUCAGGUGUCUUCAUUUCCUGGUCAACUUGGGAUUUCCUUUCCUGCUCAACUGUGACCCCCUUUUCCAUUCUUGAGUUCAAUCGUCCUAGAUGCUUCUACUACCGUACAACCCCAAUUGCAUUACUUUGACCUGCAGUAUUUACUUCCCUUUUUCUUGUUUCUUUGUUGUUUCUACCCUGAUCAAGUCAAUGUCUCACUUUGAAAGCUAAUAUUCCAUAACUGCCUAAUCAUCUCACCACCACAAAUGACUGGAAUGUUGGGCCAUAUAUAUGGACUGUAAGAUUGUGAACUGUUG